AUGUACAUAGACCUCAGUCAAAACAAUCUGACUGGACACAUCCCGAAAAAUGAUGGUCAGUUCAGUAUGUCUUAUCUAUUCUAUCUCAGUUUAGCAUCGAAUGAUUUAUCAGGCGAUGUAUCUAAGAGUUUUUUCGCGCCUUUAAAGGCACUGACAUACUUGGAUCUUCGGGGAAACCGGUAUAUGAAAGCCAAGGCCUCUUUGCUAAAUGAGUACUUGAAUGCCACAUUUACGGAGACCUUGCAUAAAAAUACAUUUACUUGCCCGACAUUACAAAUAACUAGCUCAGGCGGAAGAGCUGAUGUAGACCCGGAUUAUUAUGGAUAUAGACUGUGCUUUUGUAACAGAGGGUACUAUGGAUUUAUGAAAUACUGCAAGCCUUGUAUGAAAGGCGCUUCCUGUGACGUGGAAGCAUCACCCACGCAGACAUUUAAGGAAGUAAUUGAAGUUAAGAUGACCAUUGAAAAGGGAUAUUGGCCGUGUUGCGGAAAUGGUACUAACGUUACUCGUAUGGUUAAAUGCAAUUACCAAGAGGAAAAAUUUGAUGAUGAAAUUUGCAGCCCGUCUGGAAAAUGCAAGUGCCAAUUAAAGCAACUCAACGGUCAACUACAAACCUCGUGUGAUACGUCAUGUUUAUGUCGCCAUGGCAACAAGGGACGAUUUUGUUCUCAGUGCAAGGAUGGUUACUACAAGAAAGGCUCGUUGUGUAUUUCUUGUUCCGAAUUCCAUAAAAACUUCCCAGUUGUAUUAACUGUUUGCUUUGUGUUGUGUUUGCUUGGCUCUAUUGCAUUGUUGGUUUGUUUGAGAUACCGCAAAAAGCUUGUUCUCAUUCUAAUAUUUGCUUUAGCGGUAACACUGAUAGUCUUGCACUACAAAAACAUAAUCCCAGGGUGGUUUUUUGUCAUAAUAUUUGCAGUUUGGAUUUUAGGUCUUUCUGGGGCUAGCGAGAACUUAGAAAGCUUUCUGUCCAUUGCAGUGUUCUUUUUUCAAUCUCUUGACGCCAUGCUUUCAGACGCCAACAUUUGGCCGCAAACAAUAGUCCUGCUAAAAUACCAAAUCACAAAUGCGUUUAAUUUUGCAAUCUCUGAACUCACGUGUAGUUUUUCCAAUGCAAAUCGUCCUGAAGUUAGCUUCGCCGUAAUUUUGUUACUUCCUGCAACGGGUAUCUUUCUUAUAUGGCUGUUGCAUGGCUUGUCGAAAACUACUAGUCAGUUUUGCCGGCAAAAUUCAAUCAUUCCAAGUUCUAUAUGCAAGCGAUUAAGUAUUCAAAUACUCUUAUUCGUGUACUUUCCUAUUACUGCCAAAACGUUUCAGGCAGUGGUACCUUGCGAACAUAUUGACGGAUUGUCGUAUUUGAAAGUCACGCCAUGGUUAGACUGUAAUGGUACCUCUUACAACUGGCUGGUAGCUUUAGGGUAUGUUUCAUUGGUGGUAUUUGUUAUCGGUGUGCCUCUUUUUGUAUUUGCUCCUUUACUCUAUAAAUACGUAGACCAUCACGGCAAGGCUGUUUCAGAAGAGACGAACAUUUGGUUGAAACCUUUAUACGAGGAAUUUAGGACUCCAUACCGUCGCUAUUUCCCGUUGGUUUUUCUCGGCCGUCGUCUCUUACUUGCCGUGUUUCUUACCGUUGUUCCAACUACCUCAUCUUACCAGGUUAUGGGCAUAACCGUUCUUCUGUUUAUCUCUGUAGCUAUAACCUUAAUUUUCAGACCGUUCGAACAGUACUCGGAGAGAUUCGAGUUUGAAACUUUGGCUGAUGUGAUCGUUUCUGUUGUUCUGUUGUUGUCGUUUGUCGGCUUGGCGUUGUUACGAGUUUCUCCGAAAUUUGAUAACUCCCUGGUGUGGUUGAUCAUUUCUAUGAAUUGUGUUGUGGUGUUAAGUUGCGUUGUAGGUAUGCUUGUGUUGCUUGCUGUCAAUCUGUGGAAGUCCCCGGGCAACGUGCAGCCUGAAAAUGUUCAGCAAUACGAGCAGAUUCCAGAUUAA